ACAAUUCUCUUGUGUCUCCGUGAACUGCGAGAGAAACUGUCGAUUGGGUCUCUCAGUUUUGCUGUCUUGAAUUCUUCUGGAUUUGCUUUGUCAUGUGGUCAUGUCAGCUAAAGGAAAGUCCACUGUGACAGAGAAGAGAGAGAGAGAGAGACAGAGAGAGAGAAUAUAGGAGAGGGACUCUUUCCUUUUACCCUUUUCUCAGUGUAGAGUACUCUUUCAAAUUCCAGCCUUUCCAGAAUUACUCUGUUUUUCUCUGUAUAGUCCUCUCUUUUUUUUUUUGCCUUCUUCCAUUAGAUUACAAUAGCUGUCACCAUCUUUGAGAUUAGUAAAUUUGUGUGCAGAGAAAUGCUUUCGGAGUCUUAACAUGGCCAGAUCAAAUCAAGGCUCGAGAAUGAGAUUAUGUAGCGGUUUCAUGAUGGGUUUUUGCUUUUCUUUCUGGUAAAAUCGAGAAGUAGGAGUGCCUGCAAGCUGUUCGUUAAAAAACCCAACAGAGGAAAAAAAACUGAAAAAGGUGAAUUGGAGUGUCCAUCUGAUACAGAAAAAUGAGAGAUUUUCCUUCUUGUUUCGGAGAAAAUGGAGUCCAAGUUGCUGAUUCUUCCUCGUCAAACAGCUCUAAGAAUGCCCAGAAUUUGGUCACUUGUGUCUACCAAUGCCGGCUAAGAGGAAAAUCUUGCUUGAUUACCAUCACGUGGAGUAAAAGCUUGAUGGGUCAAGGCCUGACUGUUGGAAUUGACGAUUCUUCAAAUCAGUGUCUCUGUAAAGUUGAUAUUAAGCCAUGGUUGUUCUCCAAGAGAAGAGGGUCCAAGAGCUUAGAAGCAUAUUCUAGUAAGAUUGACAUAUAUUGGGACCUUUCUUCGGCGAAAUUCGGAUCCGGGCCUGAGCCUUUGGAGGGGUAUUAUGUAGCAGUUGUGGUGGAUCGGCAAAUGGUUCUCCUCCUUGGAGAUUUGAGAAAAGAAGCUUUUAAGAAAACUGGUGCCAAUCCCGUGGCCUCUGAUGCUGUUUUUGUGGCCAAGAAAGAGCACAUCUUUGGCAAAAGGGUCUUCACCACCAAGGCUCAGUUUUGCAACAACGGUCAAAGCCACGAUCUCGCGAUAGAAUGUGACACCAUUGGGGUUAGUGACCCUUGUCUCGUGAUCCGGGUCGACGGCAAGAAUUUGAUGCAAGUGAAGAGGCUCAGAUGGAAGUUCCGGGGAAACCACACCAUAUUGGUUGAUGGGCUUGCAAUUGAAGUCUUCUGGGACUUACACAAUUGGCUCUUUGGUGCAUCACUUGGAAAUGCUGUUUUCAUGUUCAAGACGUGCCUUUCAGCCGAGAAGUUGUGGGCUAGUCAACCGCUGUCAGAUCCGAAUUCGAUGCCGUGGUCUUUUUCGCAGAGAUUUACUGAUAGUAAAGGGCUAGGACUUGGCUUUUCUCUGAUAUUGUAUGCUUGGAAGAACGAGUAGAGUAGAGGGCAGAGGUUCUUCGUUGAAGUUCUAACUGAAGAAACCUAGUGAGUGGUGAUUCUUGUCAAACAUGCUGUUGGAUUAUACCAAAUUUAAUUAUAUAUGUGUCCAUUUGUUCUUUACUAUCCUUAUUUUUCAUUUAAGUUACUUGAGCCACAUAAUAGAUGCAGACCGUUUUGUUUUCU